AUAAGACAGUUGUCAUCAUGUCAUCAGAUGUCUACCGUAGCCCCUUUAGCAUGAGGCGCUCCUGCAGGGUCAAGUUCAAGUAUUGGUCUUAACCUGUAAAGUCCGCAGUCCAUAAUACGUUCUCGACAAACAAGAAAGAAGAUGAUGUGGAAGAGCUGGAACAAGAAGCAAGCCCUCCGGAUGGCGGGUUUGGGGCCUGGGGGACUGUUUUUGGGUGUUUCCUCAUGCAAUUUUGUGGCUUUGGAUACAUAUCGUCUUUCGGAGUUUACCAAGAUUAUUACACACGAGUUUAUAUGACCAACUAUCCACCAUCUGCAAUAUCAUGGAUUGGUGCAUUGACCUCGUUCCUCACAGUCAAUGUCACGUUGAUCUCAGGUCCGCUGUACGACCGAGGGUGGUUUUAUCGAUUGAUGAUCGUGGGGUCGCUGCUCCAAUCACUGUCCUUGUUCGCCUUGUCCUUCACGAAACCUGGUCAGUUUUACUUGGCUUUUAUGGUUCAAGGAGUCGUUGCUGGGUUUGGGAUGGGCCUAACGUACGCUCCCAGCAUCGCGGUCGUCUCUCAACACUUCUCCUCCAGAAAACGCACGUUGGUGAUGUCUCUCGUCACAUCCGGUACACCGCUUGGUUCCAUGAUUCAUCCAAUCAUGCUCAAUCGCCUUUUGAAUGGUACUGUUGGCUUUGCAAAAGGCGUUCGCGCCAGUGCGGGUUUUGUCAGUGCUUUGUUGUUGAUCGCUUGUUUAUCCGUGCGUACAAGAGAACUGCCAGCACCGACUGUCGGUUAUACUGUAGUGGCACGAAAAUGCUCUCGCGAGGUUCUCUUCGUCCUCAUGACCGUUGGGUCAACACUAUUUCAGAUUGGGUUUUACUUCCCUCUGUUUUACUUGCAACUGGACUCUACCAAACAUGGACUUGACAUCAAUUUCUCGUUCUACUCCCUUGUGAUAAUGAAUGCAGCCUGUUUUAUCGGACGCUGCAUGACAGGAACAAUUGCGGCAUAUAUGGGGGUGUUGAACUCCACGAUCGCAUCCACUGUCGCAUGCAGUGCCAUCAUAAUAUCCAUGAUAGCUCUGAGGGACACGACCAGUGUGGUCGUCUUAGGACUUGCAUAUGGCUACUUUUCUGGAGUUUUCAUCGCGCUGAUAGUCCCAUUGGUGACUGUCUUGACGCCUGAUUUAUCUGAGCUAGGAGCACGAAUGGGCAUAUGUUUUACCUUCACUGCCUUUGGUGGAUUACUUGGCGGCCCAAUAUCAGGUGCUUUGCUCGGUUCUCAAUAUAAGUGGUGGCUAGCGUCACUCUUCAGUGGGUUGGUCUCCCUUGUCGGAAGUUUGAUAUUCAUGGUGAUGCGCCUGGUUAUAUACCACCGAAGAAUAAAUGGGAGCCCAUCCAUAGCUGGCGGGGACACGUGAACUAGUUUUGGAUUCUAUCGAGGCCGUUAUUCACUCGUGCUAGAUGAUUGGAAACAUGCGAUGAUCUUCGGUCGUUUCUUUUUAUUGGCACACUUGUGCCAUUCCAUUACAAAAGCAGAUAUUCGUACCUAUAUUUGCGCAAUCUUUCUCCUUAUUUACUCCUGAAGAUAAGCACGCAUGGGAUAAUGCUGUAUACACACGACAAAU